AUGAAUUUCUACUAUGAUUUAUGCAUAUUAUCAUUUAUCUUCUCAACUGUUUAUUCUAACGUACAACCAACUGUAACAAAAGAUUGGUUAAUUGAAUUUCACCAUCAUGUCGAACCUGACGUUGCCAAACUUAUUGCUAAGCGAUAUGCUAUGGUUUCGCGAGGACCGGUACUGAACGAUAAACAUUUAUAUCAUUUUAUCGAUAUGAAACCAACACAUCCGCAUAAGCGUAAGAGACGCGAUGUUGCUCAAGAACAGCUUAUUCAACAGCAUGAACUUGUUAAACGAGCAAUUCAUCAAAUACCUCAUAUUCGCGUCAAACGUGGUUAUCGUUCAGCGGAAAAAGUCAAAGAAAACUUCCCACAGUAUCAACAGCCGAAUGAUCCGUAUUUUCAAUAUCAAUGGUAUUUGAAAAAUGUUGGACAAGCUGGCGGUAAGCCUCGAUUGGAUUUAAAUGUCGAAGAAGCCUGGGCACUUGGUUAUACAGGAAAAAACGUUACAACAGCAAUUAUGGACGAUGGUCUUGAUUAUACACAUCCGGAUAUAAUGCACAAUUAUAAUGCUGCUGCUAGUUAUGAUUUCAGUAGUAAUGAUCCAUAUCCAUAUCCACGUUAUACCGAUGAUUGGUUUAAUAGUCAUGGAACACGUUGUGCCGGAGAAAUAGCGGCAGCUCGGGAUAAUAACAUUUGUGGUGUGGGCGUUGCUUAUGAUUCUAUGGUAGCUGGCAUUCGAAUGCUUGAUCAACCUUUUAUGACAGAUCUUAUGGAGGCUAGUUCAAUGGCACACGAACCAAAUUUAAUUGAUAUUUAUUCAGCAUCAUGGGGGCCUGUUGAUGAUGGUAAAACAGUCGAUGGACCACGUCAUGCAACUAUGAAAGCCAUUGUCAAGGGUAUUAAUGGGGGUCGGCGUGGUCUCGGUUCAUUGUAUGUGUGGGCCAGUGGUGACGGUGGCGCUAAUGAUGAUUGUAAUUGCGAUGGAUAUGCUGCAUCGAUGUGGACCAUAUCAAUAAAUUCAGCUAUUAAUGAUGGUCGAACAGCACUUUACGAUGAAUCUUGUACAUCAACACUGGCUUCUACAUUUAGUAAUGGACGUAGUGAUGAUCCACAUGCAGGAGUUGCAACAACGGAUCUUUAUGGAGAGUGUACUCUUAAACAUUCGGGAACAUCAGCAGCAGCUCCAGAAGCAGCUGGCGUUUUUGCACUUGCCCUUGAAGCAAAUCGCCAAUUAACAUGGCGUGAUGUUCAACAUUUAACAGUGUUAACAGCAAAACGCAAUCAACUAUUUGAUCCAGCUAAACAACAUUUAUGGCAUAUUAAUGGAGCCGGAUUAGAAUUUAACCAUUUGUUUGGCUAUGGUGUUCUCGAUGCUGGUGAUAUGGUUCAACAUGCGAAAAAUUGGAAAUCACUACCAGCUCGAUAUCAUUGUGCAGCUGGUAAUAUCACUGGAAAACAGCCAAUACCAGAAAAAGGUACAUUGAAAUUAACAAUCAAUACGGAUGCGUGUAAAAAUACAAAAGAUGAAGUAAAUUAUCUCGAACAUGUUCAAGCAUUUAUUACACUCCGAAGUAGUCGGCGUGGGAAUACCAUCGUAUUUCUUACAUCUCCACUCGGGACACGAUCGCUGAUUUUAAGUCGUCGUCCAUUGGAUGAUGAUUCAACAAAAGGUUUUUAUAAAUGGCCGUUUAUGACAACUCACGCAUGGGCUGAACGGGCUCAAGGUACAUGGACACUUGAAGUACGUUUUGAUGAUGAAGAUAAUUCGAAUGCACCAUUAUCCAAACAACAAAAUCGAGCAAAAUAUGACAAAGAACAAAGUGAAACGUUAACCACCGGUGAUUUUUUCGAAUGGUCAUUAGUAUUACAUGGCACAAAAAUAGCCCCGUACAUCGAUCAACUGCCAUUAGAACAUCAUGGAAAUAGAAGCAAAUUAUUUAUCGCGAAACAAAUUCAUCUAAAUAAUUUUCAAGACAAAGCCAAAUAUGUUAAAUUAUUAAAACAAGAUAAUCAAAAACGCUUGGGAAGCGAUGAUGAAAUCGUGAUGUAA